AUGUCUAAUCGUGUCCGAUACAACGACCCUGACGUCCCCGUACCAACAAGCCGCGCUCUCAAUCCCGCGACCACGACCAUCCGCCGCGCGAAAACGCUUACACGGCCUGAGCGAAGCGUUGCACCCGUUCCGCUUAUCAACCCCCAGUCCGCGCAUCUACCCACCGGCUCUCAAGUCCGCGCAGAAGACGAAACGCUCGAUGCCUGGCGCAUAUUCUCCCGCGUUGUCACGUUCUGGGCUCCCUCUUCAGUUUUGCAUUCCAUCGGCGGGCUUGAUGAUAAACAUAAGGUCCAGGCAUGGCGGGAGAAGAUGGCCCUGUGCUUCAUUAUCUCCUGCCUUUGCGCUAUAAUUGGCUUCAUCACUGUCGGCCUCCAGAAGGUCCUCUGUCCCGCGACAGAUCAGAUCAAUACCGGCCGGUACGUCAGCUUAGGCACUGCGAAUGGUGUCCUGGGCGUGCAGGGCUGGAUGAUGAACGUAACGAAGUAUGGCGACAUAUCCGGGGCGAACUUCACCGCGCUUGUAGAGACACCUGGUCAAGACAUCACGACCCUGUUCGAACGCGAGGCGGCAGAUUAUCCUGCCUGCAAUGGCCUGUCCUUCCGUGCUGCUGCAGAGGCUCCCUGCACUGCCAGCGUGACAAAGUGUUCCCUGGGUUCAUUAACAUCCAGCACUACGUUCUCUUCCCUUGGCCUUGUCAACACGAGUUUUAUUGUCGGCUAUGACUGGGACCAAGUGGCCGCAUUAGAGAACUAUUUCGUUAUUGACGGUGCGGUUCUCAACAUGAACAGCUACAUGCUACUGCACCCAGAUCCAAUCCCUACCGACGCCCUCGACGCCGCGAUCCGGAGCGUAUUGCAGGCCCCUGGAAACAGCGGACGGGACGGAACACGUCUAUUCUACUACCGCCCAAACAUCCGCCAGGCAGUCCCAUGCAUGAUGCAGCGCUACUACGCCGGAAACAUUGACAAGAUCACGCCCGGAUGCCUCCUCUCCCAGCUCGUCUUGUACGCAGGGCUGAUCGUUGUGCUCGGCCUCGUCCUCAUCCGGUUUGUGAUGGCAUGCGUAUUCUCGUGGUUCGUAUCCGAACGACUGUGCAGCCCGCCGGACCGUCGCGAGCUCAAUCGCCACGCUAUCAGUCCCGCCGUCCUUCCCGAAGGCGCGAACAUAUCAGUUGACAACGUCAACGGGACUGCCCCAUGGGCAGGUCCGGGAAGAUCGAAGAAGCUGGGGAAGCCAAAAGGCGAGAGGUCACUCACCUCGUCGGCCUCAACUCUUGUCAACGGCGAAUCCUCACAGCCCAUCAUGAGCCUCGCGCAGAUCGGCGCUGAGCUCUUUGCAGUCUGCUUGGUGACCUGUUAUUCUGAAGGCGAGGAGUCACUGCGCACUACUCUGGAUUCGAUUUCGAGCACCACGUACGCGGAUUCCCGAAAACUAUUGUUCAUCGUUGCAGAUGGGAUGAUCACCGGUGCUGGGGAGAAGAAGAGUACGCCGGACAUUUGUGUCAGCUUGUUGGAGCCGGAUCCAAGAUUUGGCAACCCCGUCCCAAUGAGCUACGUUGCGGUGGGCGCAGGGGCAAAGGCAGAAAACAGGGCGAUGGUGUAUGCCGGACAUUACACCGUUGCUGGACGUCGAACGCCAGCUGUCAUCAUCGUCAAGUGCGGCACCGAGGCCGAGGCCGCUACUGAGAAAAAACCGGGAAAUCGCGGGAAGCGCGAUAGUCAACUUAUCCUGAUGAACUUCUUCUCUCGCGUUACAUACAAUGACAGAAUGACGCCUUUCGACUAUGACCUUUUCCGCAAGAUACACGUUUUGAUGGGAGUGACGCCGGAUUUCUUUGAAGUCUGCUUGAUGGUUGAUGCCGACACCAAAGUGUUCCCGGACUCGCUGUCGUACCUCGUCAAUUGUAUGCACCACGAUCCGAUGGUCAUGGGUGUCUGUGGAGAAACACGUAUCGCAAACAAGCGGCAAUCAUGGGUGACCGCGAUUCAGGUCUUCGAGUACUUCAUUUCCCAUCAUAUGGCAAAGGCGUUCGAAUCUGUCUUCGGUGGCGUCUCUUGUCUCCCUGGGUGCUUCUCCAUGUUUCGUCUCAAGGCACGGAAGGCGUCUGGUGACGACUGGGUUCCCCUCAUCACAAAGCCGGAAAUCUGUCAGCAGUACAGCCAGAGUAUUGUCACGACCCUGCACCAGAAGAAUCUCCUGCUACUCGGCGAGGACCGCUUCCUUACCACUAUCAUGUUCCGGACAUUCCCCAACCGGAAGAUGCUAUUCUUGCCACAAGCGCGCUGCCGGACAGUUGUACCAGAUACAUUCUCUGUGCUGCUGUCGCAGCGCCGGCGUUGGAUCAAUUCGACCAUUCACAACCUCAUGGAGCUCGUCCUCGUUCGGAAUACCUGCGGGACGUUCUGCUUCAGCUCGCAAUUCGUGGUCUUCAUGGACUUGCUCGGAACAGUCGUCCUUCCAAUUGCCAUUGCUCUUACGUACAUGCUUAUCAUCAGCAUGGCCUUCAACCCGCCCAAGACAUUCGAGGAGGCCAUCCCUCUGAUGCUGCUCGGUGCUGUGCUCGGUCUGCCGGGUGUCCUGAUCAUGUUGACCACUCGGAAGGUAGUGUAUGUCUUCUGGAUGUUGAUAUAUCUCCUCGCGCUUCCUGUGUGGAAUCUCAUCCUUCCUGUAUACGCAUUCUGGCACUUCGACGACUUCUCAUGGGGUGAAACGAGAAAAGUCGAAGGCGAAGCCAAGAGCGAAGGGCAUGAUAGUGGUGGCACUAUCAUUGCUGGCGCUGCUGUCCCUCUUCGCCGCUGGGAAGACUGGGAACGCUCGCGCCUCCGCAAGCUUCGCCGGGAAGAGAGACGCCAAAGAGAACUCGACCGUAUGCAGAACCACUACAUGACUGCCAACGGCGAAUUAGGCGUGCGGGUCGAUAGUCAAUAUUCCUCCGACACGGUGUCCAUUGCCUCAUCAGAUGACGACCAAUGGGGCGCGCAAAUAGGCGGCUACAACGAGAACAGCGCGGCGUACCCACCACCGCCUGUUGGACUCAUGCAGCACGGAUUCCAGAGCGCCGAAUCCGUCGCAGGCUCUGACCUCAUGGCUAAGCUGGAGGUCGGCUUCGACGACGAGCCAUCACCACCCGGGUCGCGCGUGCAAUCACAAGCCCCGCGAUAUCAGCUAUCAGACCGAUCGACACAGGGCACGAAGGGCUACGCGGCGCUCUCGCGUUCCGCGUCACCAGGGCUUCCUGUUCCUCGCGACCACAACAUCUCGCCGGUGUCCCCAGUGCGGUCCACGGACGGAACCAGCACCGCGAUUGGGAGCGAUUGGAAGACACAUGCGAAGAAACGGAGCGUGGGGCGGUCACAGACGCAAGAGUACGGCCCUCUGGGACCUUUGGACCCAUCUGCGCGGAUUUGAGUGCCGUGCAGAUGUUGCAUUUUCGCUGUUCGUUUAAUGUUUUACUAGGUAUACCCGUCUGUCUUUAGCGGUUGCGGGACCGAUUCUUGCCAUCUACUACUCUAGCAUAGCCGGCCAACAGGCUCGUAUAGCAUUGUCACAUAUACCAUCCGCACUCCGAGUCCCCCUGCCCUUUGCAUUACAUACCUGCCGCCUGCGAUGCAUACGAUUCUUGCCCUGUUGGAUUCCUCCCCGACUCCAUUGUAUAUAGCCCUAGAUGUCGUGGGUCGGCCGGUUGUUACAACACUGUAGUGAUUUCCUGAUCACCUAGGUAUUAAUACACUCUGUUUAUCAUC